UUGUAGAUAUUAUAAAAAGUAAUUUGUUUCUGAAAAUUCUAUAAGGAAGAAAAAAAGAGGAAUUCUGUUUUAUCAUAUUGUCAGAUAAGAAAUCUUAUCUUUUAUAUAUAGAAAAUAUUCUUUAAAAUUUUGCAUUAUUAAUAUUUAUGCAAAAAAAAAAUAAACAAGUUUAAUGAUUUUAAUAUAUUAAAAUACUACAAUAUAGUGAAAUAACAAAGAUAUAAGAUAAAAAUAUAAAAUAAAAUAUUGAUAAAUUAAUAUAAAAUGAAUACUUUUAAAAAAAUAUUAAAACAAAAAUUAAUAUUAGGAACAAUUAUUGGUGUAUGUGCUGGAAUUUUAUUAGGAUUUGUUCUUAAAACUUUUACUCUUCAACCAUGGUCCAAACGAGAUAUAAUGUAUCUAAAAUUUCCUGGAGAACUAUUCAUGAGAUUAAUAAAUUGCUUAAUACUACCUCUUAUAACAUCUAGUAUAGUGAGUGCUACUUGCAACUUAAAAAAAUCAGGUCAUAUUGGAACAAUGGCACUAUACUACUAUAUUACAACAACACUACUUGGAAUUGUAUUAAGUGUUACACUUGUUCAAACAAUAAGACCUGGUGAUUUACUUAAAAAUAAAAAUAUCAUAUCACAAAAUGCAACCAAAUCAUUUAUAACAGUGGAUACAAUUUUAGAUUUAUUUCGAAAUUUCAUACCAGAAAAUAUAGUGAGUGCAUGCUUAUUUCAGUAUCAAACUGUAUUAAAAAAAUCAAAAAAUGAAUCAGUACCAAUCAAUGAAUGGGAAAUAAAUCAUAUUAAUAUAGCAGGCACAAAUGUUUUAGGAUUAGUAGUCUUUAGUUUAAUUUUGGGACUUGCAAUUGGAGAUAUAGGUGUUAAAGGAGAACCUUUAAUAAAUUUCUUUCAGUCUUUAUCAGAUGUAAUGAUGAAAAUUAUGAAUUGGACAAUAAUGCUUGUACCAAUAAGUGCAUUAUUUCUUAUUUCUGCAAAAAUUCUUGAAGUGGAAGAUUUUAAUAAUGUAAUAAAACAACUUGGAAUUUAUAUUUUAACCGUUUUCAGUGGUUUACUCAUACAAGGUUUAAUAUUACUUCCUUUAUUAUAUUUUAUAUGUACUCGUCAAUCUCCAUACAAAAUUAUAGUUAAACUUGGACCAGCUUUUGUCACAGCAUUUGGUACAUCAUCAAGUACAGCUACAGUUCCAGUAACAAUAUCAUGCUUAAAACAUAUUGGAAUACCUUCUAAAAUAUCUAGAUUUAUUGUACCAAUUGGUGCAACUAUAAACAUGGAUGGUAUAGCACUAUAUGAAAGUAUUGGUGCAAUUUUCAUAAUUCAAUUGCAUGGGUUACAAUUUUCAUUAUUUAAAAUUAUUAUAAUCUGCAUAACAUGUACUCUAUCAUGUAUUGGUGCUGCUGGCUUACCAAGCGGUGGUUAUGUAAUGUUAAUAAUGGUAUUAAAUUCCGUAGGAGUUCCAGUAGAAGAUGUUUCAUUAAUUAUUGCGAUUGAUUGGUUUGUAGAUCGUUUUAGAACUACCUUAAAUAUUGUGGCGGAUGCAUUAGGUGCUGGUAUAAUAACUCAUUAUUACAAAAAAAAUACGCAAACUUCCAUUCAAGAAGAAGAAAUGGAAUUAUACAUUUCCACAUGACAUGUGUUAUAAUAUAAUAAUAAGCUCGAUUUUUAAUAAGUCAAGAAAUAUUUAAAUAUUUAAAAUAUAAAAAUAAUAUUAAAUCACAAUAAAAACUUAUAUAA